UCUGCUCUUCUCUAGUCAAUCACUCUGGUUUAAAUAUUGUCAGAUUGACAUACGGGAAGAUCGUCAAUUCGUUGUUUACCAGGAGUCAGCAUUUAGUCAGCAUUAUCACGCAUAUGUGCUUCUGCCAGCUAUUUAUACAUCAGUCAAAAGAAGAAACAAGGUUGUCUGGCGUGUGCGUCACUAAACUGAAACAUUUCGUGCUUCAGUGACCAUCAGACAAACUAGACUGAAUUGAGUGAAACUCUGCUGCCAGGAUCAAAGGUUUAAUCAAAACGUUCUUCGUCUAUAAAACGUCGUCGGCUAAUGUUGAGAUAAUGUCCUCUGAUGGUAUCACUAUACGAGUGUGUACAGCAGACGAUAGCGAAACAAAGGAAUUGGAAAUCCAGUCCGACGUAUCCAGCAAUUUGGAGUCCCCUCUGCAGCGAAGGCCUUCCUUUUGUCUCAACGAAGAGCAGAGAAUGUCCAAGAGUUUCCAAGAGCGCAAGAGCGACGUUGACGGAGCCAUUGAGUGGAUCGUGAAAGAAAUAGUAAGUACCACCGAGUCAAAACAAGUCCAGUUAAUCCUUCGCUGUAGCCAGUCAAGUUGCAAAAUCUAAAAACUUAAGUUAAUACGUUUCGUUUUACCUUAACUUUGGAACAAUUGCGCUUAGCUACUGUUCUGCGCUUGCGUUCAGAUAAGACGAAAUGUCUUGAUUUUAGAUUGUAGCUUUUACGGUGCGCACGGAAAUUCACUUGCAAAAAAUUGGACAAUUGCUCGGCAUGAUGCAAUUAGUUUGCUUUGUUUAUUAAAACGUAGACGCGGUCGCACUUAUGAUGGACUCUUAAUUUAACAUUAAACAGAAAUGAAAAGCACAUUUACAGUUAAUUGCAUAAGACAAGACCUCGGUUAGCAAACCCUUCUCUUCGGUUAGCAACUGAAAAAUAAUGCCGCAAAAUCGACGUAAAGGAAGCUUUUUUACAACAUAGCACCAUCCUACGUGACUAAUAUGAAAGAAGUUUUUAUUUGACAAACGCUCUUUCAAGAGCAACUUCAAACUCAGUGACAACAGCAACCCCACUUAUUAGCAUUCGUACAUGAACUGGAAGCUACCAGAGGGAGCAGAUAAGUUGAUUCUCAGAACUAUUUUGCCUAUUUUGUCGCGAAAGGUAGAGAUUUUUCUGGUCAAUCCAAAGCUAAAAGUGGCUGUUUAUAACUACAAGUAAUGCCUCUGCAGGAAGACCGCAUGUGCGACGUGGGUGCGUAAAUCCGGUUAUUUGUUUUUAAAAACCACACAGAGCGGAAGAGGAACACUUCCCGAGAAUUUUGUAAUGCUAGCUAUCUUCAGAGAAGACUAUCUUGCCUAAAUCCCGAAAGAAUGGUCAUAGCUCAACUCAAAUUAGAAAGAAGAAUAAAUUGGCUACGUCACGUGCGUGAAUUCAAUUCAGCUUAUCAGUUUUACAACAACUUUGCUUUGUUACUCGGGAGAAGGGUAGGCUCAGGGGGUAGGCUUCGGGUAGAUCAUCCUUAAACAUUCGAAACAGGUUCUAGAGGAAUUUUGUUUUCAGAGUGAUAGAAAAAGGGCAAUUUUUUAUCCCCUUUCUGUCCUGAAACUUUUGUGUUUUUCGGUAUUACGUAACUUGUUUUAGGAAACGUCCACGAUCGUUCUGGGUCAGCUAUUCCUGCUGCGUGUUAUGUGCCGGUGUGCGUGUCUGGGGUUGCUAAUACUACAACCCUGGAGCUAUGUGACUGAUAAAACGGGUGUAAAGAUGCGUAAAGUGCCAGCGAAGGAGUGCAAAGUGGCGCACGCAAUCUCCUUCUUUCGGAACAAAAGUCUCCUCUGCAUUUUAAAAAAUUAUUACUUAAAAAAUAAAAUAAACUUUCCAGGGCUUAUUUACCUUUUGUUGUUUUUUCUUGCUCCAGCAACUAAAAUCUUUCUAAGGCUGAGGUCCCGCCCUCUCUAUCAACUGCUGGGCUUCAGUGUGUUGCGGCACUUAACUGAGUCGGAAAUAAGAAAGUUCAGCUUUUAAUUGUUUUCAUUUAAAUGACUUGAUUUUUCAACGCUGGAAAGCUCCCGCUUGCUUUUGGGAGAGGACUUGGGACAAUUCUAAUAUCAAGCAAUAAGCAUUCACGCAUGAGUAUAGUCUUGUAGUGCAAUAGUAUUUUUUGAGGGAUUUUUACCACAGAUUAAGCACUUAGAAGCUUCUCGUGGAUUAUAAUAAAUAUUAUUACCAACAAAAUACGGCUUCACAGUCUUCACUGCCCAAUAUCCCAGACAGAUUAGAUACAGCCGAGUGACAAACUAGAAAUCUAAAAGCAACUUGUGACUUAUUUAGUCCACAGAGCAAUAACAAUAGAACCUUUUGUUGGAACACAGUGAUAAUUUAUACAGAAAAUACCAGUCCAUAGGCUUCAUUGGAGUUAAAAGACCUUUCCUCAUAGUCUGUUGCGUCCUCUACUUGAGCAUGUUUUGUUUGACCGUGAACAACUAACGAAAAAAAAUAUUAGAAUCUGAUUGGUUCAUCGAACAGAUACGGCCUUUUGUUGAGAAAGCGAAAACGCUACUCCUUCGCUGCUGAACAAAGAUUUCAGAGCUAAUUUCAUAGCUGUAAGUUAAUUCGAUAUUGUCAGGAAGGCUAUUAUCCUUUAAUUUUUACGAACUGUCCAAUUAAGGAUUAAUUUGGAUAGUCUGAGAUAGGACUUUCCGUUACCAAUACUGUCGACUCGCGAUAACUCGAACCUUUAAGGGAAAUCGAAAAAAGUUCCAGUCACCGAGAGCUCGAAGAAAAUAGCCGGAAGUAAGGUAAAAAACGUUUUCGACUAUACAGUGAACAUUUUACUCACGUUCAUUGUAGAAAUGUUAUGUGAAAAUUCAAAGAUACUUUUAGAUUAUAAAUCAGAACGUACCGUAACAAAACAGAGCGUACGUUUUACUGUUUUGAGAAGUAAAGCUGCAUGUUUCACGUUUGAUUUGUGACAAACAACAUCAGCCUCAACUGGAAAACUAUAUGUCUACAACACGUCGAUGGGACUUCAAAAUCCAGUGUUUCGGAGGCCAGUACACUGAUUUUUCCCGACCUUGUAAGGGUGCAAAACAUGGUUCAAGUUAUGGAGGGUAAAAUUAGGUAGAAAUGAUCUGAGGGGAAACAAAAAUUACUUCGAGUUAGCGGGAGGUUCGAGUUACCAAGGGUAAAAUAACAGUCAACGUAUGAAGGAAAUCCAGGGGGAUCGAUUUUGGUUCUAGUUAGCGAGAGGUUGGAGUUAACGAUGGUUCGAGUUAGUGGGAGUCAGCUGAAAGUAGUUUUUCAUAACUUGGGGCACCAGAAACGGAGCAGUUGAUUGGAAAUGGCGAACAAUUACAUAAAGCAGUUUUCAAGGUUAAACCAAAAUGGCUCUUAUCAGUUACAAAGCGUUUUUUUACUCCAACAGAAAUGUUUGCAACAGCAAGACCAGGAUCUAAUGAAACAGUUCGCCAAGCUGCGAGGCGUCCUCAACUCUAUCAAGGACCGACCAGAGGACCCACCGCAGUUUGAUCGUCAAAUAAGUCUUCCCGAGGACUCCCCCUGGUCCCCUAUGUUUUUGGAUUAUUCCAUUACCGAAGAUUCUCCGACGACAUUCCACAGAGACGAGGUCUCUCCGGGACUAAGACGAAGAGCAUACUCGGAUUUUGCGGGAACAGUGCCUCAUUAUCCUCUGUCUAAGCUGGUUUACGACGACGGCUUUGGCAGCGAGGAACGAUUUGAGAACUUUUUAAUAUGACGAAACGAAAAAAAGUAACUCAGAUUUUUCUUGGCUUUGUAAUAUACGCUACACAAACGAUAAAAGUGCCAUACUGUUCCGUUAAUAGAACAUCGCUUAUGACGAACGAAAACAACGGGGUUUUCUAAUUAGUAUAUAAUUACAAAAGUUUAUAGAUUAAAAAAGAUUCACUCCCGAUCUGUACAGCGACAUGGCUAGGAUUUAAAUAGAAAUAUUGUAAAGAAAUCACAUUUGCCGACGAAAAUAUAUAACCAAAUAGAAUAUUGUCUUACACCACGCCCAUCUGCCCAUCUUCAUACAGUACUGGAGUAUGGCUAAGAGAUAAAAAGUAUGCCAGGGCCACUUAUUUAAACCGAGUUUAGCCAGUACUUAACAAAACCGCGUUCUAAGCCAUUUAGAGUUUGCCGACCGCUUUUAUGUAAGUACCGAUUAUCGUGAACGGUUUCAUAAAAGCAUAUGGCGUAGACAAGAAAAGCAUUUUUCUUGAAAACCCACUACGGAAGUGAUCUGGAGGUCCAAAGAUUUCCUACAUCGCGGUAUAAGUUAGACCUCGUUUUAAUAACCGACCCUGUGAGUAUUAAACUCACGUUUUUGCGAUUAGGAUAAACGAUUCUGGCAACCUGACUCUCUCUUGCAUAUCGCCGGAGUUUUACUGCAAUGGGUCAGCCAUUAGUUAAGGUUAUUUGAGAUAUUUUGAAUGACCCUUUUCUGACCAAAUGACAGUUUUCCCUAACCUUUCAUAUAGUCUGAAAAGGGAGGGAGUGGCUUUCCCGUACGGUCCAUUAUAGACAAUAUGCCCACCCCUUCCCAUCCACCUGGGCAUCUCAUAUCCAUUUCCAUAUUAGUGCAUUUAACCAUUCAUUUCCCAUUCAAGCAGAGAGUAUAAGAUCUGUUACUAAAAUAGACGCAGUUGAUAAAAGUUGAAAUAAAAGAGUUUUAGUCAAGCCA